AUGGAUCUACAUCCAACAAAAAUGCAUCAUCCAUCAGCAGCUGCAGCUCAAAGCAUUACUGCUCAAAUCACUCGAAGUCCUUUCUCAAAAAAGUCCUUCUUGCCUAUAGAUGAAUCAAAGUCCGAGGAACAAGUAUUUUUAAUUCUUCAAUUAAUAUUUAUAUGCAUAUUUGACUUCUACUUAAAUAUAAAACUAACUUUCCCUUAUAUAAUUUUUAAGGAUGAUGAAGAUAUACCUUACGAAGAAGAAAUUCUCAGAAACCCCUAUUCAGUCAAGCACUGGCUUCGUUACAUUGCUUUCAAGAAAGAUGCUCCUAAGGCUGCCAUCAACCUACUCUAUGAGCGAGCAUUACGAGAGUUGCCUGGAAGUUAUACAAUCUGGCACAAAUACUUGAAACUACGUAGAGUGCAAGUGCGUGGAAAAUGCGUUACUGACCCUGCUUAUGAAGAUGUGAACAGUGCCUUUGAAAGAGCUUUGGUAUUUAUGCAUAAGAUGCCUCGCAUUUGGCUUGAUUACUGUGAGUUUCUGAUGAACCAGUGCCAAGUCACCCGAACAAGACAUGUGUUUGAUCGAGCUCUGAGAGCUUUGCCCAUCACACAACACCAUAGGAUUUGGCCACUUUAUCUUACAUUUGUUUCAGAAAAGGCUAUUCCAGAAACUGCUGUUCGUGUUUACAGGCGUUACUUGAAGCUGUGUAAUGAAGAUGCUGAGGACUACAUUGAUUAUUUGAUGCAAAUUGAUCGGCUGGAUGAAGCUGCUGUGAAAUUAGCUGAAAUUGUGAACAGUGAACAAUUUGUCUCCAAACAUGGAAAGCCAAAACAUCAACUCUGGAAUGAGUUGUGUGAACUUAUUUCUAAAAAUCCUGACAAAGUUCACUCUCUUAAUGUGGAUGCAAUUAUUCGUGAUGGUCUACGCCGUUUUACGGAUCAAGUAGGACAUUUUUGGAACUGUUUGGCCGAUUACUACAUCAGAAGUGGACUUUUUGAUAGGGCAAGAGACAUAUAUGAAGAAGCAAUUAACACAGUCAUGACUGUCAGAGACUUUACUCAGGUGUUUGAUGCCUAUUCUCAAUGUGAAGAAAGUCUUAUUAAGGCCAAAAUUGAAGUUGUUGAAAGAGAAGGAUCUAUAGAAGAAGAUGUUCUUGAAUUAGAUUUGAGGCUGGCAUGGUUUGACUAUUUGCUAGAACGACGACCUUUACUUCUCAACAGUGUCCUGCUGAGGCAAAACCCCCAUAAUGUCCAUGAAUGGCACCGCCGGAUUACACUUCUGGAAGGUAAACCCAAAGAAAUCAUCAGUACUUAUACAGAAGCUGUGCAAAAAGUAGACCCCAAGCUUGCUUGUGGGAAACUACAUACUCUAUGGGUCUCUUUUGCCAAGUUUUAUGAAUCACACAAGCAAGUGGAUGAUGCUCGAAUCAUAUUUGAAAAAGCUAUACAAGUACCUUACACUAAUGUUGAUGAUUUGGCCAGCGUUUGGUGUGAAUGGGCAGAAAUGGAAAUUCGCCAUGAAAAAUAUGACAACGCUUUAAAAUUGAUGUUAAGAGCAACCGCAUUACCUGUGAAUAAAGGAGAUUAUCAUGACCAGUCUAUACCAGUUCAAGAGAGGUUGUAUAAAUCACUCAAAGUUUGGUUACUUUAUGCCGAUUUGGAAGAAGUGCUUGGAACAUUCAAGUCAAUUAAAGCUGUGUAUGACCGAAUAAUUGAUCUGAGAAUUGCUACUCCUCAAGUGAUCAUUAAUUAUGGCUUAUUUUUAGAGGAAAACAACUACUUCGAAGAAGCUUUCAAAGCAUAUGAAAAAGGAAUUUCACUCUUUAAAUGGCCCAAUGUAUUCGACAUAUGGAACACAUAUUUGGUGAAAUUUUUGAAGAGAUAUGGCGGAACAAAAUUAGAAAGAGCUAGAGAUUUGUUUGAACAGUGCUUGGAACGAUGCCCACCAAAGUUUGCUAAAUCAAUUUAUUUAUUGUAUGCCAAGCUGGAGGAAGAGCACGGCUUAGCCCGACAUGCAAUGGCAGUCUUUGAUAGAGCAACAAAAGCAGUGCUGCCAGGAGAAAAGUGUGAGAUGUUUAACAUUUACUUGAAGAAGGCGGCAGAAAUCUAUGGUGUGACGUACACACGACAAAUCUAUGAGCAGGCCAUCGAAGCACUUCCAGACAAUGAGGCUAAACAGAUGUGUGUCAAGUUUGCCGAUCUUGAGCGAAAGUUGGGAGAAAUAGAUCGGGCAAGAGCAAUCUAUGCACAUUGUAGUCAGAUGUGUGAUCCCAGGACUCAUCCAGAUUUUUGGCAAACAUGGAAAGAAUUUGAAAUUCGUCAUGGAAAUGAAGAUACAAUGAGGGAAAUGCUUAGAAUCAAAAGAAGUGUCCAAGCUACUUUUAAUACUCAAGUCAACUACAUGUCUGCACAGAUGCUUGGGGCUGCUGUUGUUGCAGCAGGAAGUGCAACAGAUGUACCAAAAGACAGUAUGCAGGAGCUGGAAACUCAUGCAAAAGCAAUGGCUUCUGAAGCUGCUAAAGACCCACCCACCACCAUGAGAGGAACAGUGAUGUUCGUCAGAGGUGAAACACAAGGCGGUGAUCGUCAACAGGCCCAAGAAAUAACAAAGGAAAAGAAUCCAGAUGAAAUAGACUUGGACUUCGAUAGUGAUGAAGAGCAAAAUGUUGAAGAAAUACAACUUGAAGAAAGGGAAGUGCCUGAUGAAGUCUUUGGUGGACUAAAAAAAAGCUGAACUAUUCUGAAUACAUUUCAGACAUCUAUGUAUCUCUCUUUCCUGAUAAUGUUACAAGGUCGGAACAGAUAGAUUGUUACAAAAUAGAUGGCCAUUUCAAAUAGUUCAACUUUAUUUUAGAAUGAAUGACAUGUUGAAACUUGAUUUUUAGAUCUACUUUGC